AUGUUAAAAAAACUUGCAAAGUAUCUCAACGAAACUUCUGAUGAACAAGAAGAGCCGCGAAAAGCCGGCACAGUGAAUGUUAGUAGACGGCUUGGGCCAUAUCUUAAAGUGCUCUGCAGGCUUGAAGCUAAAGGAAUUGAUGUAUUAAAGGAAUGGGUGAAGAAUCUUUGUAAAAAAGCACCCUCCCUACACAAGCUUUCACAGUUAGGAAUAAAUGAGCUAAGAGAGUGCUGCAAAGGGGCAGACAGAGGAGAAAUAAACGAUGUCUUUAAAGUUGUCCUCCAGUACACCGAAGAGCGCAGUAAGCGUAAACACCUGCCUCCUGUUCCACACAGUAAAACAUUCCUGCCGGAAAGGAAGGCUGCUGAUAAGCAAAAUCUGACUAAGGCCCAAGCAUUGCUGAAUGAAGUUAAAGGACGGGCACGCAGAAAUCAACCUGAAGUUUCUGAAAAAAUCGCUGAAGAAGUGGUGAAAACUCUUGAUCUUCCCGAAAACUGGUUUAAUCAAGAAGAGAUAACAAACCGUUUAAUUGGAUCACUAAUCCAAAUGACUAAAGAUUGCAUCAACGCAGUAGAGGCCGCUGAAGAAUACGAAAGCAAUGUUGAAAUCAUCAAAAAAGCUAGCGAAGGUAGAGCCCUUUGUGGUCUCUAUCAUUCUGAGUACCAAACGCCACAACACACAGAUUCUCAACUUCUCCGGGAGCCUACAAACGUAAAUUUUACCAAUCCUGAGAAAAAGGAGGGUUUGAGAUGUAUAUCAUUCUGCACGAAGGGAUUAGCUUCCAAUUACGUCGAAAAGUUAACAAAGUUAAGCUGCAGGACUAAUUUGUGCGCUUCUGGUUGGAAUGGCAUGCCAUCUGUGACGGCUGGUGCAGGAAUUCAAAAACAAAGCCAAAUCUCUAACAAUUUUAAAUCGUGUAAAACCAGUGCAUCCGCACUAUAUUUCUCUCGAAUCAACCAAAAAACCUUUCGCUUUGAUCUGAAAGAUAUACGACUUUCUUCAGCAUGUACAGAAGACGCAAUGCGCCUCGUACAAAAGGCAAAUGAUGACAGUGACGAUGAGCUUGUAAAUAAUGCCGCUCGCGACUUCUUAAAACGAUAUGGAAGCCAUUUUCCGACAGGAACCCAAACUCUAGGUGGUAUUUUCUUCACCAUUGCAGAUGUCGAAAGCUUAAGCAACAUAGACGAAGUAACAUUACAAAAGACUGCCAAAAAUCAUCUUGAAGGUCAAAUGUCUCUUCGUUUUCUCAGUGACACAUUUGGAAUUGGAGGAAAUGUAGUUAGCAGUAAGAGUGUGAAGGUGAAGCACAAAGAAGAAAACAAUGAGAUGUGUUUUUCCUAUUCCAAAGCUUCCAUGGGACCACCAGCAAAUCCUGCAACCUUCCACAAGCUACUCUCCUACAAUUCAAAUUGGGCUUUGAUUGACCGUGGUAACAACAUUAAACCGGUGUGGGAGUUGGUUAAAGAUCUUGGAGGCGUUUUUGAGGAAGCUGCUCAAAUCCUUCAAAAUACGUGGAAUUCAGACGAAAAUGAAAGAAAGAUCAAGUGGCAUGAACAAAAAGAAAAAAGAGAAAAAGCACAAGAGAUGAAAGAUUCCAGAAAAGAGUUACAGCGUAUUAAGGACACCCACCUCAAAGAAAAAGUAAGAUUAUUAUUUGCAGUCAGUCAAACCAAAUUAAGUUCUUUGAAAUAGCCUUCCUAGUUCAUUUAACAGAUUAUAUGACAACAUUAGCCGGAUCACUUUUUCUUAUUUGCCAAGUUAAAGUUUUAAUGGACUCAACUUUCACUUCCAAAAAAUCACGUCCAGUGAAGAAAAAUGCUACAGUUGUUAUAUAAAUUUGGCAUAUAUAAUGCGUAUUUAUUUAUUUACUUAUUUGUUUAUUCAUUUAUUUAUGUUUUGGUUACAGCAUAGCUAUUUCUCAGGUCGUUCUGUGAUCUGUGAUGAGUUGGUAUUUGAGCAGAAAACAGGAUUGAAACGCAAACAGGCCUAUGGCAAAGCCAUAGAGUUUAUUUCGAGGAACCCUCGACAACAUCUUUGUCAAAUCACCCGCCGUGAGUGGCCAAAUAUAAGAAACUACACCUUGAAAUGCUGGGAAUGCUUGGAGAAGCCAACGUUUGAUAGCGACAAAAAAGAACAUGUCCUUUUCUUCAGCCAAAAAUACUUUUAUUGGAAGGAUAAUCUUCCAAGACGAGUUUAA